AUACUACAAUAUAAUUUAAAUAAAAAAAAAAUCGUAUUGCAAACAUAUAAGUUGAAACAUAUUGAAACAUAUAAGUAUGUAAUAUCUUUUGAAUUGAAUAAUAUCCGAAUAUUCGAAUAGUAUUUUUUGAAUCAAAUUUAAUCGCGCAUGCGUGAAAUAUAAAUAUUAAAAUGGCGGAAUAUAUAUGGAAAGUAUUGAGAGUCCACAAGUUCGUCAGUUGCACAGCUGAUAUCAGAGUGACGUCAGUAAAACAAAGCCAUGCGCGGUCGAUCGCAGCCGCGAAGUAAACCGAACAGACCGAGGUGUAUUACGAGCAAACAUUGAGCGUCCGUGAUACAGUGAAGUGUGUUCCGUAAUAUUUUUUAGCAUUAGUCGAAGAAUCGUUCGCAGUUUGCAUACACAAGUAGAAUAACGGUUUUGGUGUGAUUAUUUUACGGACGAUGCCGUUCAUAUCAAAGGAUUGGCGCAGUCCUGGUGAAGAAUGGGUGAAAACUGUUGAAGGUUGGGAAAAGAAAAAAAUCCUCGAGUGCGCCAACAAUAAAACACUUUCUCUCUUGCUUCGCGGCGAUAAAGAUGCGCUUGACAAAAAAGAGAAGGAUAAAAAGAAAGAAAACGCCGUCCAACCGCAUUGCCGCAUCACGCUGAAAUGCACCCGCGAGAUCGCUGGUUUCAACGGUUUAAGCGAUGCUCUGAAACGGCUGGACUUUUUAUCCGCGGUACAUGAUUGCCGGCGAUUCAAUUACAUCGUGCGACUGUUGGAUCUUUUGGUCAGUCACAGAAUGGGUGGUCUUAGCGGAUGUGCUCAACGAGUUCUCUUUAAUAUGUUGGAAGAAGUUGCUUUGGAAGUAUCAUUAUCACAGCAACAAACUGGAAAACUUCGUCGAUUGAUCGAAAGAGUACGAGCUUUUAGCGCUAGUUGUUGUUGGGGUGGCAGACCCUUGGGUUCUGUAGUGUUAUGGGAGAAACAUAAAGCUGCUUUAGAGAGAAUAUUACAAAUUGCUUCGUCCAUCACUAUAACACAGCCGGAUGAGAAACAACAACCGCAAUGGUCAGAUUUACCCGCAGAAUGCCGUCGAGAAGUUCUUCUUCGAUUAAGUGAUCCACGAGAUAUUGAAGCAUCUUCAGAGGCUUGCGAACAUCUAGCUAUUCUUGCGCAAGAACAAAGAAUCUGGCGGGAACUUGCUCAGUACCAUUUCACGCCCCAGCAAAUAGCUUCUACAAGACAACAUAAUCCAGGAAAAGACUGGAAAACUAUAUUUACUAUCGCACGAAGAUCAUUUGGUUUGCGAGAAGAAUAUGCAGAGAUAAUUCAAUUAUGUCGCAAUUGCCGUUGCUUAUUUUGGCGAUCACUCGGGCAUCCCUGCAUUGCUGAUCAGGAUCCAGCCUUUCAAGAAAAAUUGGCAGACGUUGAUAGAGCGUCUCUUCAUGUUCCGAUUCCUCCGCAGACUUUCCUCAAAUUUUUUUCUCUAUGAAACAAACAAAUAGACAGACAGAGAAGAGGGGAUUUAUGCUUUUACUUUUCUAGCCUUUCUUGACAAAGGAAAUACUAUUUAGAAAAGUAUGCACAUAAACCAUAAAAAUCUUCGAUAUCCUGCAUUUCCUCUGCCUUGUCUCGUUAUCGAUAAAUGCAUCGAAAAACAUACAAAAUACAUUCAUUUUCGCUUAAAUAUCUCCUCUCCCGCUCAAAUAUUACUUUCGAAUGCUUAAAUUUCUAAUAAUUUUUUAUUUAAAUAUCAACUUACUUCAUUCUUUCAAAAAUAUUGGCAGAAGAAAAAAAAUUAAAACAUCAUAAUUGUUUUGUUUUUUUUCUAAUAUCUUAUAUCAUAUAUCCAAUGAAUGUUAUCAUGUUCUUCUCAUUUUAUAAUUUUCUCAAUAUUGAAUGAAAUCAAUAAAUUAUAUUAAUAUAGUUCAAGUUAUCCUUUUCAAAGUAUUAGGAAUUUUUUUCACUUG